GGAGCCAAUAUCGCGUAAAUUUGUUCUCACGUAAAUCGGUCAAUGAAGUUCAGAGAUUCUCUCGUGCUCGACUGCUCGUGUAGGUAGGGCACUAUUUGGAAAAGCUACAGCCUGCCGCCUCAUCUCGAAAGUGAUGUGUAUACUGAGAAUUGAACAUGGAGGAUUCUCUUGACCAAGCUUUUGAAAUUGUUGCUGGUGUUGAGGAUUAUUUGAGCAAGAAUGUUUUGCCAAAAGCCCGCAAAAACUCCCACCACAAUUGUGACUCAUUAUUCCAGGAGGCCGAAUCAUUGCUACUGAAAGGCUUGCCAAAAGUCAAUGUCCUGGACAAGCUGUGCAAAGAAACCCUUGCCAAGUACCCACCUCUCCUUUUCUCAUCACAGGCAGAUGUUGAAUCUGAAGGGGAGAAUGUCAUUCCUGAAUAUUCUGUUGAUAUCAAUGAAAGUAGCAUUCCUGUGGACAACGUUAACUCUACUGAUGAGACUGAAAAGAAUGAAUCACAAAGCCCUGCCUUGCCUUCAUGCCACAUUUUAUCUGAACCUAAGAACAAGCAAAGAAAAAUGCAGGAUGAAGAUCCUGCUAGUAAAACCAAUUCCAAGAGCAAAGAUGGUAACACUGAUGUCAGUGAGCCUCAACCUUCCUGUAGUGGGUAUAAAAAGCAGGUAUCUGCAGUACCUGAGGUUACUAUAGAGAGUGAUGAUGAUUCGGUAGGUUCAGUAGAAUGUUUAAAUUGCCAAAAAAGUGUAGCUUCUAAUAAGGAUGUGAUCGUGGUAGAUGAUACCUCUGAAAAUGUAGAAGAUGAGGUGCAGGUUGUUAAUACCAAGGACGUGCCUGAUGUAGUGACUUUACUGAAUGAGGCAACCCAAAAGCUGCCAUGCAAGCAUUCAAGAAAGUGUUCACACCGAAAUUGUUGUUCAUCAAAUUCAGAGCUUCGUGAUGAUGAAAUCCAUGAGGAAGCAGAAGAGCUUCUGCAACAUCUGCCAUUCUCUACCUAUGAUGCCGUCAGUUCUGCAGUGAAAAACUGGUAUCAUGACUCUAACAGAAAGUAUGCUGUAAUGUCAAUUUUAAUUGCGGAAGCUGCAUUCAAAGGCAAGGAAAUUCCUCAAAGUACCUACAAAGCACUUAAGAAUCUGGCACCAAAGAAACGUGAUCUCACACACGUUGAAGAUGUGGAAGAGCAGCCUGGUAAGAGAAAAACGUCAUCCAUGACUCGGCCUGAAACUACCGAGUCAAAAGACGCUUAUUUUGAGUCACCUGAAUCACCACAACAUUCUGGGUUUUCCAUAACAAUUGACAAUCGCCCGAGUCAUCUUAACCCUCAUGUUUUCCUUGAUCCACUAAACAUUUACAAUGAAAUGAAGUAUGGUGAUGUGAUGAACCCCUUGCUCAGUGGUGAUGGUGCAUCUCAUACAGGCAUGCAGUGGCCAUCAGGAACAACUGUCAAAUCAGAGACAUCUGAAGUUCCAUAUGGCAAAUCAUUUCCAUCUAAGUCAAAUGUGCAUGAAAUGCUAUUCAAAGACGCUGAUCUAAAAGAAACUCACGAUGAAUAUGCAUUAACUAAUGUUCCAAAGUGUACUAAACUACGUGAGUUUCGUCAGAGGACUUGUAGUGGAUCAACCAUGUUAUCCAGCCAUGACGAGCCUACUAAUGCACCCGAAAUUAUAUCUCAAGAUUUUGGCGUUGAAGAACGUGUGUUAUUCAAGGAAGAAAAUAUCGAUAUGGAGGAAGAUGCCCCUCCAGAAGUGCCAGCCAAUAUUGAUGAGAUUCACCCUGAAGAUAUUGGAGCUGAUGAAGAACAAGUUACUGUAGAAGAUCCUCAAUUGAAUGAUGGUGCUGCUGGAGUUUUAGAUGAUGUCCAGAGACAGAACUGGAUUGAAGAGAAGACUGCCCUCGUUGCUUCUAUUAUUGAGACCGUCCCUGUUUGCACGAUAGCCGAGAGAGUGCGACUGUGUUUUUCUGAUGUUGACAUUGAACAGGUUAUUGAUUCACUGCUUAAUUCAGCAUCUCCUGCCCCUGAAGUUAACGCAGCUGAUCGAGUCCAGCGUGACGAAGCUGUUGCGGGGCCCAGUGGCUGGUCAGCUUUUAGGACUGUGAAAAACGGAGAUCGCGCGUCUGCAGCUUCAACGUCAACUGAAGGAUCAAUGCCUGGCCUUAAAGAAUUCAUCCCAUCAAGACCUGGUGGUGCUUUGCAUUUGUCUGAUGAUGAGGUCACAUCAAGUGUUGAUGAGGCGGGACCUUCUACGUCAGGUAGCAACAAAGAAGCUGCUUCACAUGAUGACGAGCAGGAGGAUGAAGAAUGGGUUGAAUCUCAUAGCAGGACGCUGAGGGAAAUGUUCCCAGAUGCUGACCCAGAAUAUCUAGCAACCAGAUGUGAAGAAGUCAAGCCUGAGGUGGCACGCUUUGAAGCCCUUGCUGUUGAACUCAUGGAGACCAAAAAUUAUCCUAAGAUGGAAGAAUAUCUUGCAAGGAAGAAACGCAGAGAAAUGCGCAAGAAAUUCCUAGAUGGCAUGACAGUCCCUGAGUUCUUGGAGCUUUUCGAGGAGCCUGAAAAGGUGUUCUACGACAGCAGUAAAAAGAUGAGUGCCGAGUACCGCAACAACUCUCGGGCCCAGCUUCUCAACGACCUGCCCUUCCACCUCUCCAAAGAAGUCGACCACGUCCUCAAUGCCAAUAACUACCACUACCUACCGUCACUGCGCCAGCUUAAGUUGUACGAAAAAUGUGGCCGGCGAAAAACGAAACGCAAAGAAACUCCCAUCAGCGGCGAGCUCGAGGACUUUUUCCUGAAGGAGUUGUGCUACGCGCGUCUGGAGGAGUCGAUAGAAAGGCACCGCGCGGCUCAGGAGGAAGCCAAGAAGGAGGCUUUCGCUGCUGCGAAGGUCGCCGGGCUGCUAUGCACGUGUCCCAUUUGCUGUGAAGACGAAAUACUUGAAGAAGACAUGCGGGCUUGUGCCAGUCUCGACUCCCCGCACCUCUUCUGUAAAACUUGCGUCAGGAGGUAUUGUGAGGAGCAAAUCGGGCAAGGGAGUUUGAAAUUCACCUGUUUGGAAGGCUCGUGCAAGGAAGAGUUUUCUCUGAACGUCCUCAAGACUGUACUGAAAUCCUCGGUAUUCUCGAACUUGCUGAAGCGUAAACAAGCCGAGGAGAUUGUGGCUGCCGGCAUCGCCGAUCUCGAGUGUUGCCCCUUCUGUAAUUUCGCCACAAUUAUGCCUAAUAAAGAGGAUAAGAUUUUCAAUUGCCUAAACCCCGAGUGCCUGAAGGAUACAUGCCGCCUCUGCAAGGAGCUCUCACACAUCCCGCUACGCUGCGAGGAAGUUGAGACGAAGUCCCAGCUUUCUGCCCGGACUUAUCUUGAGAACCAAAUGUCCGAAGCAAUGGUCAGAGAAUGUUACAAGUGUGGCCAGCGCUUCAUCAAAGAGGACGGGUGUAACAAGAUGGUAUGUUCAUGCGGUGCCGUGAUGUGCUACCUCUGUAAAAAACCAAUACGAGGCUACGACCACUUCACUGACCAGGGCAGAGCUGCGGCCGGGGGGCUCACGCCGUCUGAAAACGGCAAGUGCGCGCUGUGGAGCAACUCCCUGAAGCUGCACGCCGAGGAGGUGCAGAAGAGAGCCGCAGAGGCCAAGAAGACGCUCGACCCUGACGUGCAGCUCAAGCAUGACCCAACCAAAGAUGUGCCGCAGGUUCCUGAUUUCCUACAAAACCCGCACCCUUACGUGGUAGUCCCCCCACCACAAAGAGCCCACCGGCCCCCGGACGCUCCUGUCAACAUCGUGGCGCGCCCUUUGAGGGCUGGCAACGCAUUCCAGCUUGGAGUAGAAGGGCGCCGACACAUGCACGAACCAUUUGGGCCUUGGGGUCCUCACUACAACCUCAUUGCGGACGAUGCUGCCGUCUUUGGCGACCUCCUACAGGGUCGUGCUGCUCCUGAACCCAUGAUACUGCAGCCACAGCCUGCUCAUCUGUAUCAUUUUCAUCCUCCCUUCGUACGCAACCCUGUGGAACCACACAGACCUGUAGCAGCUGGCCGAAACCCCCCUCCACCUCCAGCCCACGGCGCUCGUGACCCUCCUCCCCCGCCACCCCCUCCUGCCCACGCUGGUCGACACCCUCCACCUGCCCACGGUGGGGCAGGGGCAGCCGCCAUGGCAGCUGGUAAUUGGUUACAGGUUCAGGUCAAUCUCGACCACCGUAACCUACACAACCCAAGAGUGGAGGUGCAGGCAGGCGGUGGAGGUAACAACCACUGGGAGAUCCAGUACAACGUGCUACCUCGUCGCGCCCCCCAGCCUGUCAAUGAGCUGCCUGCGCGACAGCCUCCUCCAGCUGAGGCCUUCGCUCCUGACGUGUUCAGGCGUAUGCCUCCAAUUCCUACUGCUUUUCACCCUAUGAACAAUUUGGCAAGAGAAGCCGCUGGGCGCCCUGCGCGUGUGCACCGUCCUUACGCUGCUGUUGUACCCCCACCUAUGCCCCUCGAUCAGCUGGAUGGAGACGCCAGGCAAUAUUUAUUCGGUGAUUUGGUUAAUGAUAAUAAUCUGGAGGGUCACGCUGUUGUGUAUGAGCCGAACAACGCACUAGCUCGACCUGAACGGCCCAACAGAGCCGCGGAAGAGCGCGCAAAUGAGGAUGGGAAUGGAGAAGCUGCUUUCAGACGUCUGCUUCGAGAGCUUGAUCAUCCCGAAAACGACAUUAUGGACAUGUUUUGAAUUUAUGGUUGAUGUUUCCACGGUAAAAGAUUAUUCCAAAAAAUGUGUCCUGUUUUACGAGUUUUAUCGCAUCUCUCCAGUAAUUUUCAAUAUUUCAACCACAAUUUUUUUAGUAUUGGGCAUUUAGCUUAACACGUGAAAAUUUUGGGACCGAGCAACCAAUAUCAUAGUCAAUGGACCUACUGCGUUUCUACAUUCGUGAAUAUUUGGCUGUAUAGAAUCUAAAGAUCUCUGCAGUUCAUUUCCUCUAAAUUUAUUGGGUAUAUUUAUCACUCAACUCAAUUUUUACCAUACAAAUGGAAGACCAAGUUGAGUCUUCGCUGGUGGUUUAGUUCAUGUGAAGACCGUGAUUAUUUACAGACGCAUACGACGGUUUAAUGUUUCAAGUAGAAUAUCAUUUCCUCGAGAUGAAUUAUCGAAAUUAUCAAAUUUGAUAAUGGGAAUAUGAAUCCAUCUUGCAUGUUAAAACACUGAUUGUUAUUUAGUGGAACUGUGAAUAAAGUGGAGUUUUUUUUUUCACUUGGGGCAGCAAGAAGAACAUGGUGAACUAGCCAAGCCUGUCACACAAUACGCAGAUUGAGUAUCAGGCUAAAUCCUACUUAGAAUUUAAGAAAAAGUUAAGCUACCUGGGGAAAUUUAUGUGUCACAUUCUCUAGAGGUAGAUUUAAUGUAAAUAUUAUGAGAAGGUUAUGUUGGUUGAUAUUAUGAGUGUGUUUUUCGGCAAGCUGGCAGCUUCGGGUAACUGCUCAAGUUUUGAUCUCUACGCUCCUGUAAUGCCUAAACCAUCGAACAUUGUAACCUGCAAAUAUUCUGCGCUUACCGUCUCCUAUAAAUCCUUUUCUCAUUUUCUUUGACAGUUUUCAUCAAGCAAAUUUUUAAACGCUCAAACUUUUGAUAGUUCCAAAAUUUUGUAAUUUUGGUAUAAGGAGUACUGGACUGGUGUAAUUGUGGUGUAAACCAGUACAGCAAGCUAGUGACCGCAUUUUUGGUAUUUGUCAGUGAUAGACGAUGUCACGUUUUGACGUGCAGGUCAUCCGUUAAGAUUUUCCAGUGAUAAUUUGUUUCAUCUAGACUCUUCCACUCAGGAAUGUCUCGUGGGCAUUAGUAUUGGAUGCAUAAUAUUUAUAUGCUUUAGCUCUGCAUGUCCGUUCAUGGACAUACCGCUAGCGUCGUAGGGAUAGCGAUGAUUCUAGUGCCUAUCUCUGUUAGUCAUAAUUUUGUUUCAUCAUAUCACUUGUUAUAUUUCUUAAAUGUUGCGUUGCUUAUUGCAGAUUUUUUUUCUCUCUAUUUGUGUACGGAGGAAAAAGAAGCACGGGAUGGAUUUUUUCUUUUGUGAUUCUUCAUUUAUUGGAACAUGCGUGUUCGUCGAUGGUUGCUCAUAUCAACAUGCAUCAUUUGAUACAUAUAUUUUUGUGUUAAUAGUUAAAGUUCGUUGAGAAUGCUAUUAGCUUUAUGCCUAUUAAUCCAAAGGAAAUAAUUUACUUCUCUUUAUAAGAAGAUCAGAAAUUAAAUACUAAGUGCAGUUCAUAUCCAUGGCUUCAUUUUAAUUUCGUUUUGUCUCAUCUUGCAGUCCCUCAUAGACGUCUGUGAUGUGUACAGUAGUGUAAGAUUGAUGCAUUCAUCCCCGCAAAUCGGUUUUAAGUGACUGCGCAUCGAUGUAUAAAGAAUAAAGUGCGAUAAGGGUCA